AAUAGUUAGCCCAGGCGGAAUGAGGAGUACUGCUGGAUAGUCUGCGACGAACAUCAUGUAGUUGGAACACACGCCUUGUCAAUUUAUACAACAGGACUUUUGUGUGUCUUUCCCCCGUUUGUUUACCCGGACACUGGCUGUUUUUAUAGCCCAGCAGACAUUAAAAUGUUCCUGCGCGGCUCCAAAAAGCGACGGUCCAACCGCUCGCAGGAGGAAGAGGACCCAGACAGAGGCCAGCCCUGUAUGCACUGUGGGGAUCAGUGCCCUGGCUUCCGUGUCCAUGGCUGGAGGAAAAUCUGCGUGCACUGCAAGUGUGUGCGAGAGGAGCAUGCCGUUCGCUCUGUGCCGGGUCAGCUGGAGAAGAUGAUGACGAAGCUGGUUUCAGACUUCCAGAGACACUCCAUCUCCGAUGACGACUCGGGCUGCGCCUCCGAGGAGUACGCAUGGGUCCCACCUGGGCUCAAGCCCGAACAGGUGUACCAGUAUUUUAGCUGCUUACCUGAGGACAGAGUGCCAUACGUGAACAGUCCAGGAGAGAGAUAUCGAAUCAAGCAACUGUUGCACCAGCUGCCGGCGCAUGACAGUGAGCCACAGUAUUGUAACUCUCUGGACGAGGAGGAGAAGAAGGAGUUGCGUCUGUUCAGUCAGCAGAGGAAAAGAGAAAACUUGGGUCGAGGCGUCGUCAGACUCUUUCCAGUAACUAUGAUGGGGGCCAUAUGCCAGCAGUGUGACAGACAAAUCUGCGGUGGCGACAUAGCGGUGUUUGCCAGUCGGGCCGGACACGGUAGCUGCUGGCACCCUCAGUGUUUCCAGUGUGCCACCUGCACUGAGCUGCUGGUGGAUCUGAUCUACUUCUAUCAGGACGCACAGAUCUACUGCGGCCGGCACCACGCUGAGAGGCUCAAGCCCCGCUGCCAGGCCUGCGAUGAGAUUAUUCUAGCAGAUGAAUGCACUGAGGCAGAAGGAAGAUACUGGCACAUGAAGCACUUCUGUUGUUUUGAGUGCGAGGCAGCACUCGGCGGUCAGCGUUACAUCAUGAGAGAGAGUCGACCGUACUGCUGCUCCUGCUACGAGUCUCUGUAUGCAGAGUACUGUGAUACCUGCGGAGAACACAUAGGCAUUGACCAGGGUCAGAUGACAUACGAGGGUCAGCACUGGCACGCCGUAGAGUCCUGUUUCUGCUGCGCCCGCUGUCGACUGCCUCUGCUGGGGCGUCCCUUCCUCCCUCGAGGGGGGCUCAUCUUCUGCUCCAGACCCUGCUCGCUGGGCGAAGACCCCGAUAACUCUGACUCCUGUGACUCAGCGCUGCAGAGCAAACCACCUCAGCAUAACAGACACAGCAGCAGCAGCAGCAGCAGCACAGCAGAGAAAUACCAGCAGCAAUGUGGUUCUCCGCUGAAGCCACCAGAGGGCGUCACCAUCACUGCAAAAGACUGCAUUCAUACCGCAGUGGAAAGCCGAGGCGUCCACUGCACGGCUCCAGUUCAGAAUGGUGUCGCUACACUCAGUGUUCAUCCUCACACAAGAGGCUCCUACUCGCCACUUCCCCACAUUCAUCUCGGAAAUGGCUUGGGUCCCUCUUGGCCCAGUGACCUUCCACAUUACAGUUUACUGCCGGGGAACGGUGGCAUCAAACCUCCAGUCAGUGGUCCUCAGUUCCAGGGGGAGCAGAAGGAAAACACUGGACUAACUGGUCUCAAUUCACGAGGAACCUCAACUUCUAAAGACUGUAGAAACUGGGUGGAACAGACAAAUCAGGUUAUGCAAGCGUUUCCUCCCCAAAAAGACUCGCACCUGAUUUCACCCGACUCACCUCCUCCGCCUCCCAACAACCCAACCAUCCUCCCACCCCCUCUGCCCGUCAAGACUCGAGACUUGAUACCCAGAGAGUCGCCCCCGCAGAAGAUCCUGCAACCGGAGGACAGACCCUCAAAUUCUCCGCCUCCGCUGACUCGCACUGGCACGGCGAGGGUGAGCUUCAGAGAGCCGAUUAGCAGCAGCUACUCCGUCGAUGAGGACGAGGACGAGCCUGAAGAGGUGCUGCACGAGGGAGAGGAAAACCAGGAGGCUGAAGAUGAGAUGGAGGAAGGUUUUGGGAGCAGGUUACAUCUACAGAAGGGAAUCCCACCACAGAUGGAUCUGCUGGACGGAUCUUCCUACCGUCAGCGGAGUCCAAGGCGAGGGUGGAAUCGGCGUAUCCCCUCUGACCCGGCCCUCCAAGCAGACGCAGAGAGGCGAUUGCGACGCUCGCGGACAGAUCGGCCCCAGCUGGACACCCUGGACUGGAGAGGCGACAAAGAGAGGGACUGCUCUAAAUCUUCUUCCCUGAGCCUUCAGCAGGGCCAUUACAAACACGAAGAUUCCUGUUCUACAUGCUCUUCGUCCUCUGAUUCAGAGGAGGAAGGCUUCUUCCUCGGGCAGCCCAUACCCCUGCCCCCGCAGCUACGAAAGCAGCCGUCCAUGGACUGUAAAGACAGGGAGGGGGAGCAGGAGGGGGAGGUGCAGAGGGACAAGGGACUGAGAGGCAGCAUACGGCGGAGAAGAGCAAACAGUCUCGGUGCAAAGGACAAAGACAAAAACUGUGCUAUUUCCUAACCCCAAACAGCUGACAUCACCACACAGUGUGCUAUAUUCUGCAAGAAUAAACAACGGCCUUUCAUUUUCUGGUCUUAUGAUGGUGACAUGAUGUUAAAUACAACAAACAUGUGGAUGUUUAUAAACUACAGCCAUUAGAGCAAAGUCAAUUCUGACGCUUACAUGAGCUGUUUUUCACACUUGAAUUAUCCACUGGGGUCUGAUCAUUUUCCACAGUUUUCCAUUUUACAUAUGUUGAACGCGGCCGGAGAUAGACUGAGUGAGACGCAUUCUCUGCAGCAGGGGAAACUCCAGAACAUCCCACAGGGGCUCAUGCGGUCAUUAUCAGCAGAUUUGACCAGAGCACUAGUUCCAGAGAAAAUGUCUGGAGCGACUCCUGCAGACAUCUGCCUUCUCACGGACGGGACUUUUCACGUUUGAAAGCAGAUUUUAAGAUGUGACAUUGUAUAAAGAUGAUGUAUGAAUGAGUCGUGCGUGUAUCGAUGGAUGUUGAGUGAUUUUGUUUGGAAUUUAAUUUAACAUCCACAAAAAAAAUACCUGUGUUCUCCUUCUUAUUUUCACAUAAUUUUCACAUAUGCAAAACCUCAAGUAGCAUCAGCAGCUGACGGCACACUCCUCCAUUACCGUUUGUAAAAAAAGAAAAGUACGUAUUAAGUAUAUCUUAUUUUAACUCUGCUGUAACCUUUGUCUGCUUUUAUGUGCAAUUAUGUAUGGUUGUAAUAUAUUACAUUAAAAAGCUAAUAGUUAGUGAUGGAGUAUGAUUACUUCAGCACAACUAUGGUAGUUUUUAUGAUUUAAAGUGAGCUUGCUAUGUGUGAGUGUGUGUCUUAAAUCGUUAAUAUGAAAACAAAUCUGUACACACUUCAAGUCUGUAAUCACAUGGCUUGAAGGUCAUUUAUUUUUGUAAACAGUACUGGGUGUAGGUCCUCCUUUUAUUUUGGGUAAAGAAAGAGGAGAUAAUGACAGUUGUGUGUGAUUGUGAGACUUUUUAAUGAUAACAUUAAAUGUAUCUCUAUUGUUGGUCUAAA